AUGAAGAUACUUAUCUUAUCAGCUUUGCUCCAAAGAGUCGUUGAAAUAAAAGACAAACUAAAUAUCACUUGGAAAACAGAAGACCUUAUUAGAUCACCGUGCCCCAUCGAAAAAGAGAGAUACUCACUGAGUUUAAACCUGUGUCAAGAUGUUUCCAAGAGAGGCACAAAUGAUCAAGUCUUAAAAUCUAUCGCCCUGGAGACUUUGCACUUACUGUACCCAGAGAACGAAUGGCUACAUAUUUUCACAGACGGUUCAAGAUUGGCUGAAGGCACUAAUGCAGGAGCCGGAGUUUCCUGCAACCUUUUUUCAUUUUACACCCCGAUCGGUUCGUCUAGAACAGCCUUCGAUGCAGAAGUAUCGGCAAUAAGCGUAGCUCUGUCGCAACUACAGAAUCACCUUGAGAAAUUUAAUAACGUAGUCAUCCUCUCUGACUCCAAAGCCGCACUCCAAGCUAUUGCUUCCUCCAAAGCCCCCGCAUCUGCCGACAUUCUACAUUGUCGUCAAGCCCUUCACAGGCUUGACCAACACAACAAAAAUGUCGCCAUGCAAUGGGUGGUGAUUGUAAUGCAAAUAUGA